AUGACAACCCUUGAAAUAAUAGACAAUAUAACCCUCUUUAGUUCUUUUCAAUAUUAUAUGAUCCCGCUACUUUACCCGUUUGCCUUCAUAGCUUUUAAAUACUUAAAGCAAUAUUUUUUCUUUAUUCUAAUAGUAUAUACCGUAAUUCCUUACUGCGAUCAUUUCUUUCCUUUAGACCUAAAAAACCCUACAAAAGAAGAAAUAAAAAAGCUUACUGGAAAAAUCAAAUACAGAAUUCCUUUAUACCUAUCCGUUGUUCUAGAUUGGCUAUUUACAUUUUGGUGUAUAGACUAUAUUUGUAUAAAUAGAGAAAAACUCUCCUAUUUACAAUAAUUUGGAAUAAUUUUUUCCGUAUCCAACGCCGGCACAUCUAACAUAAACGUUGCCCAUGAACUGUUUCACAAAGACCGCAUACAAGACAAGAUCUUAGGCUAUUUAACACUUGCGAAAAACCUUUAUAUGCAUUUCGCAAUCGAGCAUAUAUAAGGACAUCACAAAAACGUCGCGACACAUAAAGACGCAGCUACAUCAAGAUUAAACUAAAGUCUAUAUGAGUUUUUACCUUAGACAUUAAUAGGAACUUAUAAGAAUGCUUGGAAUAUCGAAAAUGAAUAAUAGAUUUUUAAAAUAUAUGGAUACUAUGGUGGAAUGCUAUUCUUAUUCUAGAGUUUUGUUUCUGUAGUCUAUUUAGAAAUGGCUAAUUAUGUAGAACAUUACGGACUUGUGAGAAAGGAAAUUUCUCCAGGAGUAUAUGAGCCAGUAAAUAUAAAAUUCUCUUGGAAUGCACCACAUAGGGUUUCAAAUUAUUUACUUUUUAAAAUAUAAAGACAUUCUGAUCAUCAUGAAAAUAGUUAUAAGGAAUAUUAAACGUUAUGUAGUUAUGAUGAAAGUCCUUAAUUACCUCAUGGAUAUACUGUUUGUGUACUUAUGGCAUUGUUCCCAAAGAUAUGGUUCAAGAUUAUGAAUAAAUAACUUAAAAAUUAUUAAAAAGAAGGCAAAAAUAUUAUUGAUAAAGAAAUUUAAGAUGAAGUUUGGAAGUUUAUUUAAAAACUUACUAUAGGGCUUUUUGUUUUAUCAAUUAUAAGUGUUUAUUUAUGA